AAAGGAAGAAAGAAAUGAAGAAAGGAAAGAAAGCAAGCAAACACCAAGGAAAUGUCUUCCCUCUUGCAUUCUGUUAUUUCAACCUGGUGUUUAUCUUAGGCUCUGUCUCAGAGGCACUCAAUGCCCUGCCCAGACAUGAUCUCAUUCAUUCUCACCACAACCCUGGGAGGCAGGGAGGAGAUUGGGAUCAUCAUCCCCACUUUACAGACAGGAAUACCAGAGGCCCAAACACACACAAGGCAAGUAAGUGUGGAAUAGGUUUGGAAUUCAGGCAUCCUGACUCACUGCCCCAGGACUCCCUACUCUUGGGUAAUGGGUCUACCCUGAGAGUCUUGGAAGAGUCUGAAUGGGGAACACCAGGUGGUGAGCUCUAUGGUGGGCAAUCCAUUAAUUAAUGAAUCCAUCACUGAACACCUACUGUGUGCAUUGGCCUAUGGAUGUGACAAGAGAAUAGAAGAGGGUCUCUGUUGUUAGGGUGCUCUAAAAUGCAAGCACAGACAGGUAGAGUCUGGGCAAAGGGCCAAGGGAAGAAAGGCAAGUGUGAACAUGGGAAUCCUUACAGGCAGAAGCAGCCUUUGGCGGUCACUGGACCAGGAAAGAUGGAUCAGAUGCUUGAAGGAUGAAGUGUUAAUGAUCCAGGAAGCCAAAAGAGAGUGCCAUGGGUCUUGGUAUCUACCUGCUGGGAGAAUGGAGCCUGGGGAAACCAUUCUGGAGGCACUGAGACGGGAGGUGAAGGAGGAGGCAGGCCUGGAGUGUGAACCAUUGACGCUGCUGGCAGUGGAGGAGCGAGGUCCCCGCUGGAUCCGCUUAGCUUUCCUUGCCCGCCCCACAGGUGGGAUCCUCAAGACUUCGGAGGAGGCAGAUAAGGAGUCCCUGCAAGCUGGCUGGUACCCUCACGCCUCCUUGCCCACUCCGCUUCGUUCCCAUGACAUCCUGCCUCUCAUAAAACUGGGUUCCCACUAUCACCAACAAGCUAGACACCCUCCUACUCUACCCCAGGAGCUUCCCUGCAAGCUUAUCUGCCAGCGGCUUAUAGCCGCCUUUACCAGUGCCAAGAAUAUAUGGGUGUUGGUGAGUAAAGAAGGCAGUCUCCAUUUGCCCAUCACAGCCUGUGGACUCACCCCAUCAGAGCAGAAUAACAGCAUUGUGGUGUCAGUGUUUCGACUCCUACAACAGUGCUUGACACUGUCCCAGUUGACAGUGAAGACCCAGGGGGUACUGGGGCUUCAGCACCUGGGCAAGAACCAGGCUGAUGGGAUCUGCCUGAAUGUGCUAGUCACGGUGGCCUAUAGAAACCCAGGUGUCCUCAACAAGCCACCUGAGAUUCAAGGCAUCAACUUCUGCUGGUGGCAGGUGGAAGAGGAAGAUGUGCAAAGCCACCUCCUAAAGAGACUUCAAGAAGCGUCUGUUGUCCCAAUCCACAGUUAGCUGAGCUGCUGGGAAAUGAGCACACACAUAGGCACUGGCGCCACACAGCUGUGGUUUUGAAUCUUCUAGGAUGCCUGGGAAUCGAGCCCACAGAGAUCUUCAUGGGGGUAAAUAGGGGCCUCUGGGUUCUCAGGUCACUAUCCUUCUUCCACCCCAUUGUCACUUUUUGCUUAUCAAGAAGGACAACGACUGAACUUGGGCAGAGAGUUCAGAGCCCAAAGACUGGUCACCUAAGGCAAAUUGAAAACCUACUCAUCUUAGAGCCUGAGACUAUUAGAACAGCUUGGCUGCAGAUGAAAUCAUGCCUACUUAUCUCUAGUGGCCACCUUGCCAAUGGUAACAUCUUUAUCUUCUUCUAUACUGCUGAAGCCUGUGUGGGCCAGUAAAAGGGUACAAUGUAGGCCCCUCCAUUGCUGCUGUGCACCCCCUUCCUGAGCAGUCGGGUGUCUAACCAUGUUAUUCCCCUGCUCAAAAAUAGUUCUAUAGAAUAUAAACUUCUAUACCUGGCAUCCAAGGCCUUCUACAAUCUGAUUUGUACUUAUGCUUCUAGCCUUAUUUCAUACUUUUUCCCUUUCAUAAAGUCUACAUUCCAGCCGUACUGGAUACUGGCUGUUCUAGAACUCAUCUCCCACCUUUGUGUAUUUACAUGCGUUUUCCUCUGUGCUUGGAAUGCACUUCCCCAUCUCUAGUUUUCGGGAUCCUUGACUGCUUCCUGGAUAAGCUUGGGUGCCAACUCCUCUGUGAAGCAGUCACUGACCCCCCCAGUUAAUUCUUUCUCUCAGUUUACUUUGUGCUAUGCUUCUUUAUCUGUCUAUCCCCAAAGUAGAAUGUAAGCUCCUUGAGGGCAGGUACUGUUUUUUUCCCUUUAUAUCCUCAACACUUAGUAUAUA